AUGGCCUUGAAGAAAAAGGUUAGCAGGGGCCUCUCCUCGAAGAGCUUGGGCAGUGUGGAGCCGGAGGCCGACUGUGCUGCCGAGUUCCUCAUGUCGAGUGCUCAGCUGCGGUUGAAGAAGGCCAUGGCCACAGGCUCCAGCUCGGAAAGCAGCUUGGAGACGGAGGGCGAGGCUUUGGAGGAUCUUGUGCAAAUCUUUGGGCUUGUUCCCAAGGAUUUGCAGAGAGGUGAGAAGCAGCAGCGGCUCGAAGACUUGACUGCUCGUCAGUUGGCUGUGUCCCUCGCCAAUGUUUCUCGGUGUCUGCAAGCCUCCGACUUCUUUGACGUGGGGGGGUCCGCAGAGUCACUCCUAGCCCAGAAGGCGAGAAGGACCAAGAGGCUGAAGGACAAGGACGGCGAGAAUGAUGCCCUGAAUCAGGCCUCGGCUGCUGGUCUUCGUUGGAAGAAACGAAUGGGCCAUGUGUGCCAGCUCAGCCGCUUGGCAAUCGAUUCGACUGUGUUUGUUUGUGGUAAGCCACCAUCUGCGAUUCAAAUCACCAAUGCGAAGUCGACGCCUGCUGUCACCGCGAUUCUUCGGUCUUUGGCGAAGUCGCACAAGAGGAAGUCCAAGUUGGACUCUGAAGAGUUCGAGGCAGCCAUCGAGAAGCAGAUGAAAGUGUUCAAGGAGGAGACCGCUGUUGAAACCACGGUCAAGGGAAGGGGUUGCAUUUGA